GCCUCUCCUCGCCAUGGCGCCCACGCUGGCCACUGCCCAUCGGCGCCGCUGGUGGAUGGCCUGCACGGCCGUGCUGGAAAACCUCCUCUUCUCGGCAGUCCUCCUGGGCUGGGGCUCGCUGCUCAUCAUGCUCAAGUCGGAGGGUUUUUACUCCUACCUGUGUACUGAGCCAGAGAACGUCACCAAUGGCACAGUGCGGGGCACAACAGAGCCGGAACACGAGGAGGUGAGCCGAAUGAAUGGCUGGCUCAGCUGCAAGGCCCAGGAUGAGAUGCUAAACUUGGCCUUCACCGUGGGCUCCUUCCUGCUCAGUGCCAUCACCCUGCCUCUGGGCAUCGUCAUGGACAAGUACGGCCCCAGGAAGCUCAGGCUGCUGGGCAGUGCCUGCUUUGCUGUCUCCUGCUUGCUGAUUGCAUAUGGAGCAAGUAACCCAAACUCCCUCUCUGUGCUCAUCUUCAUCGCCCUGGCUCUGAAUGGCUUUGGCGGGAUGUGCAUGACAUUCACCUCAUUAACACUGCCCAACAUGUUCGGUGACCUUCGGUCCACGUUUAUUGCCUUGAUGAUCGGAUCCUACGCCUCCUCAGCAGUCACCUUUCCAGGAGUCAAGGUCAUCUACGACUUCGGUGCCUCCUUCAUCGUCAUCCUCGUGGUCUGGGCCGGCUGCUCCGGGCUGGUUUUCCUCAACUGCUUCUUUAACUGGCCCCUGGAGCCCUUCCCGGGCCCGGAGGACAUGGACUACACGGUGAAGAUCAAGUUCAGCUGGCUGGGCUUUGACCACAAGAUCACUGGGAAGCAGUUCUACAAGCAGGUGACCACGGUCGGGCGCCGCCUCAGCGUGGGCAGCUCCAUGCGGAGCGCCAAGGAGCAGGCGGCACUGCAGGAGGGCCACAAGCUGUGCCUGUCCACCGUCGACCUGGAGGUCAAGUGCCAGCCCGAUGCCGCAGCGGCCCCCUCGUUCAUGCAGAGCGUGUUCAGCCCCACCCUGCUGCUCAGCCUGGUCACCAUGUGCGUCACUCAGCUGCGCCUCAUCUUCUACAUGGGCGCCAUGAACAACAUCCUCCAGUUCCUGGUCAGCGGUGACCAGGACGUAGUGGGCCUCUACACCUCCAUCUUCGGUGUUCUCCAGCUGCUCUGCCUGCUGACAGCCCCCGUCAUCGGCUACAUCAUGGACUGGAGGCUGAAGGAGUGUGAGGACGCCCCUGAGGAGCCCGAGGAGAAAGACGCCAACCAAGGUGAGAAGAAGAAGCGGGACAGGCAGAUCCAGAAGAUCACCAACGCCAUGCGGGCCUUCGCCUUCACAAACCUGCUGCUCGUGGGCUUCGGGGUGACCUGCCUCAUUCCCAACCUGCCUCUACAGAUCCUCUCCUUCAUCCUGCACACGAUUGUGCGAGGAUUCAUCCACUCCGCCGUCGGGGGCCUGUAUGCCGCUGUGUACCCCUCCACGCAGUUUGGCAGCCUCACGGGCCUGCAGUCCCUGAUCAGUGCACUCUUCGCUCUCCUGCAGCAGCCCCUGUUUCUGGCUAUGAUGGGUCCCCUCCAAGGAGACCCUCUGUGGGUGAACGUGGGGCUGCUUGUCCUGAGCAUGCUGGGCUUCUGCCUUCCCCUCUACCUCAUCUGGUACCGGCGCCAGCUGGAGAGGCAGCUGCAGCAGAAGAGGGAGGACGACAAGCUUUUCCUCAAGCUCAACGGCUCGUCCAACCGGGAGGCUUUUGUGUAGCGCCCACUGCCUCAGAACUGUGGCGUCCCGCCCUCGCUUCAGUGACUCAGCGGUGUCCUCCCCACCCCAGAGGACCUCCACGCACCCCUAGGAUCCUGUCCUUCACCAUGUCGGAGUCCUCGCUCCCUCCCAGGGCCCUGGUCCUGCCUCGGAGCUCUGCGGUGGAAGGAUGGGAGAGGGCCCGGUCAGGCGCUUCUCCUGCUGGAAGCAGAGGCGCUCUGGACUUGGCUGAGCCCCCCUGGAGGGGCCCUGGAGCCUCGGGGCUCCGUGGUGCCUGCAGGAGCAGCCAGGAGGACCCCGGGCAGGAGGCAGGCCCUCUCCCCUCAGUGUGUCGGGAUUCCACCUCUUGCCAAAGCAGAGGAGUCUGCCGUCUACUGCCCACCGCCUGCCCCUCGGCUGCAUGUCCACCAACCACGCCUGCUGAGGACAAAGGCUUGCACCGUCUGUACCCGCCUUGCCUGGCCCCUCACCUCCUCCCCCGGCCAGUCUGAGCUGCCUGAGGAAGGAAGGACCCGCUUCCUGUUGUUGGUGCUAACUCCUUUGUGAUUCCAGCCCCCUGUGGCCUGUCCUCCUGUUCGAGGCCAGUGGAGAAGGCCCCCUGGCUUAAAGCCUGGGGAGGGGAUGGAGGGCUGGAUGGUCACAUGUGGCUCAGGAGCUGUGGUCAAGGCCGGGCAGCAGUCCCUUCCCUCCUCCCUGAGGGCCUGAGCCGGGGGCACGUUUCCAAUGCCACCCUCUGUCCAGUCUGUGACCUGAAGGGAAUUAAAGGGGCACCAAACACACGCGUGAGCA